AUGGCGAGCAGAGGAUUUGAAUUCCCUGUAUCAGUCGGGAGUUCAUCAAUUCCUUUCAUGUUUGGAUCUUCGGCUUCUUCGCCAACAACACCUCUCUUCGGCGUCACUGCGGCUGAUGCACCGACGCCUCUCCCUGGCGUCACUGCCACUGCGGGUUACGCGCCUCGGCCUUUCUUUGGUGCCACUGCCGCUUACGCGCCUGCACCAUCCUUCCCCGGCACUGCGGCUUGCGCGCCUACGCCUUUCCUCGGCGGCCGUGCAGCUUACAUGCUUACACCUUACCGCACUACGGCUUACCCGCCUACGCCUCUCUUCGGUGCCACUACGGUUUGUCCACCUACGGCUUUCUUUGCAAUCCCUUCGCAAUCUUCUGCACUGGAUGUGGAUGUGUCUUUCCGCACUCCGGGCAUAGCAUUUACUCCACAAACGCCUUUCAACACUCCGGCGGGAAAUUCUAGUUCGACUUUUGUUACUCCGCCCACUUCCUCAGCAACUCAAUCCUCCUCUGCAUCUCAACCGUCAAAUGCGUUUUGCACUGUUGCUUCGCCUUCAUCAACCACCGGCGCACCUACAAUUCCUUUAUCUGGUGAAGGAACUGCGCUAGCACAGACCACUACAUCUGCGGCUGCAACCGUACCAUCAUCUGGGAUAUCAUUUUCAUCAGGACCAACUUCCACUACCAAUUCCGCUGCAUAUCCCCGUUUUACCUUAUCGUCUUCAGAGACAUCUGCAACAACAACUGCAUCUUCAGUAACUGCUAACACUCGAGAGUGCGAUAGGCCCAUGGAAGACAUAUAUACUGCUAUGGUAGAGAUGGAUCGACUUUAUGGGAGAUUAGCAAGGGCAGAGUUUGUGAGAGGUGUGGCCCUAAUUGAGAGAGACCAAGCUCAAGCAGAACGGAAUAGUCUGCAGAUCCAACCUGAUCAGGCCCGAGAGAGGGAGACACAAAUGCAGAUAAAGGUGCAACAACUAUGUGCUAAGAUACAUGCACUCAAAUUAGAGCGAGAUCGUGUGCAACAACUAUGUGCUAAGACAAAUGCACUCAAAGUAGAGCAAGAUCCUGUGCAACAACUAUGUGCUAAGAUAGAUGCACUCAAAGCAGAGCAAGAUCGUGUGCUAGGAGAGCUCGAGACACUUCAUCAGAUAGAGAUGCAACAACUAUUUGCUAAGAUAGAUGCACUCAAAGAAGAGCAAGAUCUUAUGCAACAACUAUGUGCUAAGAUAGAUGGACUCAAAACAGAGCAAGAUCGUUUUCGAGGAGAGCUCGAGGAACUUCGUCAGAUGAGAGUAUCAGAUAUACAAGUACCGCAGAGGAUGGAUGCAUUGACAAUGAAGAAUGGUAGCGUGAGAGAGGCACAAGGGAGAGCAGAAGGGCAUCCAGAGGGAUUCGUUUUGUUAUAG